GCCGGUCAGAUUCUCGAUGCGGCUGGUCUCCAGGACGGCGAUCAUCUAAACCUCCUCGAUUGGAGCCCUAGCCGCAACCUGGCGAUCGUCCUCGACGACGUCGUGCACUCUCUGAACCCUGGCACCUCCGCUCAUGAGAUCGUCUUCGACUACAUGGGCAGUUCAAUUUCGAGCCUCAGCUGGGCUCCCGACGGCCGCCACCUCGCCGUUGGAAUGCACGAUUCGCUGAUUUACAUAUGGGACGUCGAACGAAAGUGCCCGACGAGGACUUUGAGAAAUGUGCACUGGAGAUCAUCUCGAGUCGGGUCUCUGGCUUGGAAAUGUGACAACAUACUGACCUCAGGAGGCUCAGACGGCAGAGUUGUCAACAGCGAUCCCAGGAUGCCGUCUGCAGCCCACGUUGUUCAAAGCUACCGAGGACACGGGCCCGGCGACAUUUGCGGGCUCAAAUGGUCACCUGAUCACGCAAGCUUCAAGCAACUAGCGAGCGGAGGCAGCGACGGCCUGGUUCAUGUAUGGGAUGCUCGCAAUCAGAAUCAGUGGGCUUUUCGUUUCAAGGUUGCUGCUAGAGAUGCUUCUGUCAGGGCCCUUGACUGGUGCCCUUUCAAGGGUUGCUUGCUGGCCACAGGGGGAGGUGUUGGAGGGGACGGCAAGAGCAACGGAUCGAUCAGGUUCUGGAGCACGCAAACCGGUGCUUGUGUGAGGUCGGUGAAGACCGGCAGCACCCGAGUCUGUGCUCUGAUGUGGAGCAAGAACAGCGAGCAGUUUUUGAGCUCGUGCAGCGGUACCGAUCAGGAUCACAUGACUCUCUGGGACUACCCAUCCUGUGUUAGGACAGGAGAGCUUGUGGGUCACGUCGCCCCAUACUUAGCUUUGAGCCCAGAUGGCACCACGGUUGCAUCGGCUACGGGGGGCAUCGACUCAACGCUGAGAUUGUGGAACGUUUUCCCCCCAGUUCCCAAGCCCACAUCUAGAGCUCUCUUCAGCGGUUCGUAUCAUGCGCACAUCAGGUCAUAUUUCCAAUGCUAAUUCUGGAGUGCGAGUUUGUUUCCCAGCAGCAAAAGUAUCUACAUUAUUUGAUUGCAUUAGUUCGUUAUCCCAAUGGUGGUAGAUGACUUCGGCAAGUGAAAAAUUAGAGGGGUUGGCUUUCUUGUGUGUGGGUAUGUCUUGGUGUGUGCAUGUGUGUGUUAUGCUUGUAUGUAUCUUUUAAAGGUUAAAAUUUGGGCUAUUUUUGGUUUUUGGUGUGAGUGUGUGCGUGUGUAGGUGUAUUUCAAGGUGUGUUAUUCUUAUUCUUUUUUCUAAUUGUUUUGGGUUAUUUUUGUUGUUAUGGUGCUGAUUUUCUGUGAACUUGUUCAACAGGAUUGUAUCUUUCUGAGGGGUUCGUGUGAGUUCAUUUCUGCUCUCAUUAUUACUUUUGUUUCUAGGUAUUUUGUGGUGUACUAGUGCAGGUUUUAUGUUCAAUUUCACUUUUACAGAGUUUGUUGCUCUUCCUUUUGUACUAUUAGUUGCUGGAUGUUUGUGUGUGUGCAUGUGUGUCUUUGUAUAUGUGUUUCUGUAUGUCUGUUUGGGGCAUGCAGGUUUUUCUUCUCUUUUUCCCCUGCAUUAAAGAAUGAAAAGCGAGGUCCUAUCUACUUUUAUUGAGAAAGAUUGCUCACCAGUUUCAUAUACUGAAUUGCGUUUUUUUUUUUGAGAAACAUAUUGAUAAACACCUGGACAGUAUUAUAUUUAAGAAAAAGAAUGACUGAGAAAUGAACUUUUUUGUUGGUGUGAAGACUGUUAAAUUGAAUCAGUGUGAUUGAUACAUCUGCUUGUACUUUGAGGAGAAGAUAGCUGUCAGGUUUCUACUUUUUGUAGUUAUCAACAAUUAUUUUCUUAAAUAAGGUACUUUGUUAUGAUAUUCACUAACUGAACACAGUUUUGAAGCCUGUGCAUUACUUAAUAUUGAAGAUUGCUUUUUUAGGAGUUUGACUGACCGAAUUUGAAACAGGAGAAAUUUCAUUAAACCAUGUUUCACAUUCUUCUAAUGACACUUAAUGCACAUUCAUACACUUAAAACAUAAUACCAGAUACUAACACAAUUUUCAAAUGCUUCAGAAUUUUAAUGGUUGUUUUUUUAGUAAUCUUGUAAAUUCAUCAAAACAUAUAUGUUGGUGGAAAAUAUUACCUCAGUUAUUUUGUUGAAUUUUCCUAACCAAUUGUCCAUUUUAAGAAGAUUUUCCAUACAAACAUGCUCCUCCAUCUCUUACACAUCUUAUGCUCUUACCCUUCAUUACAAAAAUCCCGUGCUUGUCUAUUUAUUUAUUUUUGCAGCCGUACUUUCUCAGCAUUUCGCUUUUUUUGCCUUUAAUUGCAAUUGGUUGCAUCUCCCAAUUGGUGACGGUCUGAUAGGUAAGUCUGGUAAGUGCAAAAACAAAUUUUUUUUACUGGUAAGUCUAUGUCUACUCUGAUUUAGUUGAUUUUUUUUAAAAGCAUGUAGCUGGGGACUUGUGUAGGUCUCCUAGCUGUAGUUCAUGUUCGCCUCAUUUUGCUUGGUUUCGUCUCUUCAGGUUUAUCACAAAUGCAAUAAGUUUCAUAUAUAGUACGGGUUAAGAACUUUGUUAGUCUAGCGCUAUCAGUAGGCAAGGCUUGGAAUUUGUAGAAGUUGCAGAGGACUUUACAACUACAUGAUUUGUAGUAGUUGCAGAGGAGUUUACAACUACAUGGACCAGUAUCCCUCCAGCAACCAAACGAAAUGCAACGAUUCCGAUUACUCGGGUUUUCUUGCAAGCUAAUUACUUUUUCAUACUGCAGUCAACAGCGCAUCCUUGAAAGAAAAGUUGUGAGCAAGUUUCCAGUAUUUGCGGAGGCUCUUGUGUCUGUCGCCUUGAAUUUCCGUCCUCCGUGUUUACUGAUUUUUUUAAUUAAUUGAGUAUGAUUGUAAAUUUAUAAUGCGACUUAGUGUAAUUGAAAGUUCUUUUUUUAAGGAUGUAAUAAAAAUACACUUCCGAGUUCCAUGGUUUA